AUGGAGGGAGAGUCGCGCCCCCAGUCACGUACCGGGGAUAGUCAAGCCAUCGAGAGUAAGCCUUCAGCGCCGAAUGGACACGUCAGCUCGGCUACGGAGGAUGCACCCACGCAGCUUGAGACGAGCUAUGUGGAAGGGCUGCCUUUGUUACUUGUGAUGGGUGCUGUGUCCAUUGCAUCGUUCCUUGUACUGCUAGACACAUCCAUCAUAGCAACUGCUAUUCCCCAAAUUACUUCUGAUUUCCACUCGCUCAAAGACAUCAGCUGGUAUGGUUCAGCUUAUCAGCUGUCAAGCGCGGUAAUCCAACCUCUGGUUGGCAAGCUAUAUACACAGUUCUCUCUCAAAUGGGUCUACCUGGCCUUCUUUGCUAUCUUUGAAGUCGGGUCGCUUGUUUGCGGCGUCGCGCCCUCGUCGGAUGUUCUUAUCAUCGGACGCGCGAUAGCAGGCAUUGGUGUUGCGGGGAUAUUUGCUGGGGGGUUGACAAUCAUCGCGUCGGCUAUUCGUCCCGAAAAGAGAUCAGUGAAUAUGGGACUUAUGAUGGGAGGUCUUGUGAGUGGUCCUCUUAUCGGAGGAGCCUUGACGCAGCGUGCUUCGUGGCGAUGGUGCAAGUGCUUCUACAUCAACUUACCCAUCGGAGCCAUAGUCCUUGGGGGUAUCUUGUUCAUCAAGAUAGCAGAUCAACAGCCCGUGCCACCCGUCGCGCAAGCAGUGCGCGAACUUCCUAAGCGUCUCGACUUGAUCGGAUUUGUUAUGUUCGCGGGCGCUUCUACUAUGCUUAUGCUAGCCUUGCAAUGGGGCGGUACUACCUAUGCGUGGAGUAGCGGAGUAACAAUCGGCCUGUUCUGCGGAUCGGCUGCCUCACUAACGGCAUACGUCGCUUGGAGCUGGAAUAGGGGCGAUGAAUCUCUGAUUCCGCCGGUGCUCCUGAAGCAGCGAGUAGUCAUUGCUUGCUUCUUCUUGACCCUCUUCAUGAUAGGCUCUGCGCUGAUGUUGUCUUACUGGUUGCCGGUGUACUUCCAAGCAGUUCGUGGACAGAGCCCUAUCGGUAGCGGUGUGAGCAUGUUGCCAAAUAUCUUGGCUUCAGUUGUCUUCAGCAUCGUGGGCGGUAUCCUCAUUGGUAAAGUGGGAUACUAUGUACCCCAGGCAGUCAUUGGUACGGCUCUCUUAACAGUCGCAACAGGACUCUGCAGUACCUUGGAUCCAUACACAUCCACUGGCAAGUGGGUUGGUUAUCAGUUUCUCGCAGGAGUUGGACGAGGCCUUAUGCAACAAGUACCUUACACAGCCAUUCCCCAUUCAUGUUCGCAGCAGAUGAUUCCCAUUGCCAUGUCCUUUAUGGUACUGGGUCAGUAUAUCGGCGGAUCAAUAUUCCUCGCACUUUCAAACGUUGUUUUCAGCUCCAGUUUGGAGUCGUUGUUGAGAGUCUACGCGCCCAAGAUUGAUCCAGCCACAGUCACCGCAGCAGGAGCGUCAGCAGCAGACAUGCGCAAGCUCAUACCUGCAGACCAGUUGACUGGAGUCAUCAAGGCUUAUUCACUCAGCAUCGAUCGUGUUUUCUAUCUGGGAACAGGGUCGGCUGCGGCCAUGUUUGCAGCAGCCUUCUUUACGGGUUGGAUUGAUACGCGAGUACAGAAGGAUAAGCACGAGUCUGUUCCUGAUGAGGCGAGUAGCUCAAAGGAAAAGUCAUAA